AUGUUGCUUUCUACUUUCUUGCCCUUUCUAGCUGCCUUCAGUGGGGCCUUGGCCGCCAACGCGCCAACGACAUGUCGUCCCGCAUCCUUUAUUCCUGACGCUGAUGACAACACGGUCCCACGUCGGUUCGGCUUCUUGCUCUACCGCGCCACCGACCCGCUUGAUUUCCUCGGGCCCUCCGAGGUCCUGUUCACCCUCGGCCGCUUCGCUCACGUGGACCUCUUCUACAUCGCCGAGACGCUCGACCUCGUGUCCACCGAGCUCGUCCCGCCCGCGACCAACCCGUACAACUCCACCGUCUGGACAACCAUCGCGCCGACCCACACCUACGACAACCCGCCGCCCGGGCUCGACGUCCUCGUGAUCCCCGGUGGCCCCGGCGCGCGCGCGCCGACCCCGGCGACGCUCGACUUUGUCCGCAAAACCUAUCCAAAUCUGGACUACUUCAUGACCGUCUGCACCGGCGCGAUGAUCGCCGCUCGGGCCGGUGUCCUCGAGGGAAAGAACGCGACCACCAAUCGCGCGGCGUGGCUGGCGGUGAAGGCCACCGGUCCAAAUACCAACUGGAUUGGCGAUGAACGCUGGGUCGUCGAUGGGAAUAUCUGGACCUCGUCGGGAGUCGCUGCCGGGAUUGACGCCAUGGUCGCCUUCAUCGCGUGUUUCUGGGGCGAAACCCUCACUAACAAGACCCUGUUGGCAAUGGAAUACUUCAGGCAUCCAGAUCCCACAAACGAUCCCUUCGCAGUCUGGCCAAAUGGCACGUACAAAUACAUUUGA